GAACAACAUAGAUAAGAGAUUUAUUUCUCUAGUUCACUCACGUGGGCUAUUUAUUUUAUAAUUUGUCAAGUUUAUUCAAAUAGUUGAGUUUAGACUAGUUAAAAUGGCUGAAUACGUACAAAGAAGAAAAGAAGACAUGAUUGUCGAAAUUAAUCUUCUUGAAAUUCUAUUCAAGAAGUCAAUUGUUAAACGCAUUGUCCAUCAAAGAGAAAAAUUUGAGUACAGAAUGAUGCGUCGCAACAAACAAAAAUCAGAUUUUACCCAAUAUAUUGUAUUCUUAAAGUCUGUUAUGAAAAAAAUACAAAAAUUGGGAUUAGAAAACGCAGAGUCUUUAAAACUGAUUGAACAACAUAUUAGUCGCAUAAACACCAUAUAUCGAACAGCACUCAAAUAUUUUAAAGAUGACAUUUCUCUGUGGAAGGAAUAUAUAAAAUUUUUAGUCAAAGCAAAACGCUUUAGAUUGUUGCAAUAUGCAAUUGAUAGUGCAUUAUUAUUACAUGGUCACAUAUCUGAUGAAAUAUAUGUUUUUGCUAUAAGACAAGAAUUUUUAGAUUUAAAAAAUAUUCAAAAAGCCAGAGAGUUAUAUACAACAGGCUUACGGUUGCAUAAAAAAUCUUCAUCAUUAUAUUUAGAAGCAUUUGAUAUAGAACUUACUUACUCAGAAAUUCUUACCCAAACUGUUAUAAAGAAAAAACAAGUAUACAAACCAGAUGAUCCUGCCUUGAAUGGAUCUAUUGCUAAAGCCAUAUUCUUGUCUGCAAUUGAUAAUGUGGCCAAUGACUUCAGUCUCUUUUUUAAAAUGUAUCAAAAAACAAAAGAUUACAAUUUUGCUUCAUACCUUAAUGAAGAAAUAAGAAACUUUUUGCAAACAAAUUUUAGUUCAGAUCCUAUUUAUUGGAAUACCAUUGCUAAUAACGAACUCAAUCAUCCCAAAAGACCAGAAAAACUCAGAAUAAAAAACUGUUUAGAUAAAUAUGAUGAAGCACUGUCUAUAGUUGAUACUGAUGAAAUGUGGAAUUUAUAUUUAAACACUUUACUUCAAAUAACUUCUGAUACAAAUAAAACUGAAGCGUAUAAAAGAAAUUUAUUAAGACAUUCCAUGUUUAAUGCUCAUGCUAAGAAUCGGUUAAAGCCUAUACAUUAUGUUCAAUGGGUUAAUAAAUCAAAAUCAUCAAUCACAAAUGAAAUAUUAGAGUGGGCUCUCGAAAAAUAUCCAAAUGAUCCUAGUAUUUUAGAAGUUAAAAUAAAAAAUUUAGUUGAAAGUGAUAAAUUUGGUGCUUAUGAAAUUUUUAAACAACACAUGAAUCUUAUGUCUGUUAAUGUUUGGCUUUUGAUAACUGAAAAAAUCAUUGAAGAGCCUCAAGCAAAAGAAAUUUUUGAAAUUGUGUUUAGUGACAUAUCUGAAUGUGAUGAAGAAGUGAAAAAAAAACUGGGUAGUAGUUAUUUAUAUUGGCUUAGCCGAAAUAAUUCAUUAGAGUGCACACGUAAUGCUUUUCAAAAAUUAAUCAUGAGUACUGGAAGAGAUUCCAGUUUAUGUAAUACAAUUAUUAAAAUUGAAACAGAACAGGAAAAAAUGGAUAUUCAUAAAAUUAGACAACACUUCAUAAUAGCUUGUAUGCAAUUUGGUAAAACAGAUAAAGAACUGUGGAUGGACAGAAUAUUAUUUGAGCUUAAGUAUGGAUCACCAAAAACCGUAUCAAAUGUUUAUCAUGAAGCCUUAACCACUUUGAAUAAUGAAGAAUCUGAUGAGUUUGUUGAAUUAUACACUAAGAAAAUUUUAAAUUAUAAUAAAUAGUAUGGUAAUUGAAAUAUGUGUACAUAUAUAUAUUAACAGUAAAAAAUUUACCUACUUGAAAUUA